AUGGUUAACUUCACUCUCGUUAACGGCCAAGUCUAUACGCCAGGUCUGGCAAUUAUUGAUGCCCCACAGCCCAACACGCCUCUCGGCGGAGACAACCUCCAAAUCGCAAUCGACGUGUCAGGAAACGGCAAACUCCCAUGGCCACCAUCUACCGACAACGACUCAGCAACCCAAUUCCACGACAUCAGAUUCUUCUUAACUUCGGAGUCACUCUCCCACAACUUCACCAUCUCAAAUGGCACAACGCCAUCGACUAACACAAGCUACGUUGGACCGGUAUUAGACCUCGAGCCAUCAUCGACUGUCAAACACGUAAAUUGGAUCUGGCCCAAGUGUCUCGUCGGCGAUGGCUCUGGAUCAAAAAGCAAUUCAGAUCGCGGCGCAUACAACAUCUCCAUGCACCAGUCUUUCCGCUGGAACGGAACUGACUAUUACACCGUCUUCCAACUGCCCAUUUCUGUUACAAACAGUAUCUCUGAGAGUGAUGAGCGAGUUGAUUGCGCUUUACUAGAAAAUGAACUGCUGAGCGUGGCGGAGGUAGAUGAGAGUUCGGAUUCCUUGCCUGGGCAGCCAUGGAUUGAGGGAGUGAGUACGACGGAGUCGAGUGCAUCGCCCUCACAGACGGGUAUGGGCAUUCGCUCUCAUGCGGGAUCUAGGAGGAUGGCUGGAAUUGCGAUUGCGGCGACUGCGGUUUUGCAUUUCUUACGCCCCCUCACAAGAAGAGCCCUCCGAGCCCGCCUUACCCGAGCCCUGAUAAUUCUCUUCAUAAUAUGGAACUUAACAGAACUCCACCUAAUCCAACACCGAAUCAACACACCCCAAAACAAUAAACCCCACCACAAACAAUACUCUAAAGCCAAAACCCCAACCAAACCAAAAGAACGAAUAUACAUAGCAAGCGUGAACUGGAACAAUGAAGCAAUCCUCCGCAGCCACUGGUCCCGCACCCUCCUAGACUUAUCCUCUCAACUAGGUCCAGAGAACAUAUUCAUCAGCAUAUACGAAAGCGGCAGCUACGAUAAUACAAAAGGCGCAUUGCGCGACCUAGACUGGGAACUAGAGCGGCUACGCGUUCCGCGGAAUAUCACACUGUCACAUAUUACUCAUGAAGAUGAGAUGGCAGCGCCUGCGCGUGGUGAGGGUUGGGUGAGGACGACGGCUGGCGGUGCGAGGAAGCUUAGACGGGUCCCUUAUCUUGCUAGAGUGAGGAAUUUGGGUUUGUUACCUUUGUAUGAUCUUGCGCGGCAGGGGAUUACGUUUGAUAAGAUUUUGUUUUUGAACGAUGUCGUUUUUGAGCCCAGUGAUGUUUUCGAACUUCUUAAUACUAAUGACGGUGAAUAUGGCGCAGCCUGCUCAUUGGAUUUCUCCAAGCCGCCGAAUUUUUAUGAUACUUUUGCGUUGCGGGAUAUCAGGGGCCAUGAGGCUGUCAUGUCUACUUGGCCUUAUUUCCGGACUGUGGAGUCGCGAUAUGCGAUGAAAAGUCUAUCUCCGGUUCCAGUUGCUAGUUGCUGGAAUGGUAUGGUGGCAAUGCCCGCAGGUCCCUUCCUAGCCACAUCACCACUUCGAUUCCGAGGAAUCCCGGAUUCACUGGCAGAAUAUCAUCUUGAAGGCUCUGAAUGCUGUCUCAUCCAUGCUGAUAACCCUCUUUCCGAGGAGAAGGGUGUAUACCUCAACCCUCGGGUUCGGGUUGGCUAUACCGGCCAAGCAUACGCAGCCGUGAAGCCAAUAUCAAAUUGGCUGACUGCAAAGAGGAUUCUGCAGGGAUUAUGGGUUAAUCGAGUACGCCGGUGGAGUAUUGCUUUUUGGGUGAAAGAAGAAGUUGUUCGACGGCGGGUGGAUAGUUGGAAAGCUCUCGAUCCUAAGAACGACGAACCCGGGCAGCUCUGUAUCAUCGAUGAGAUGCAGAUUCUGCAUCGGUAUGGAUGGGCUCAUGUAUGA